CGCGUCGCGGGCUGAGGCGGAGGGAGGGGGUAAGAUGGCGGCGCCCGUCCUGCUGCGAGUGUCGGUGCCGCGCUGGGAGCGGGUGGCCCGCUCCGCCGUCUGCGCCGCCGGCAUCCUGCUCUCCCUCUACGCCUGCCACCUGGAGCGGGAGAAGGGCCGCGACCUCCACUACCAGGCUCUGUGCGACCUCAGCGAGCGGGUCCGCUGCUCCGCCGCCAUCACCUCCAGAUGGGGUCGAGGAUUCGGUCUGUUGGGUUCCAUCUUUGGAAAGGACAGUGCAAUAAAUCAGUCAAACAGUGUUUUUGGACUCGUGUUUUAUAUACUACAAAUGCUACUUGGUAUGACAGCAAGUGCAGUAGCAGCUCUAAUCCUCAUGACAUCCUCCAUAGUGUCUGUAUUAGGGUCAUUGUACUUGGCAUACAUUCUGUACUUCGUGCUGAAGGAAUUUUGCAUUGUCUGCGUCAUCACAUACUUGCUGAACUUCAUUCUCUUUAUCAUCAACUACAAACGACUAGUUUAUUUGAACGAGGCCUGGAAACGGCAACUCCAACCCAAACAGGAAUAACCCCUGUUUGAACUUUUGACUGACAGUCUGAAGAACCAACUUCCAUUAAGUUUAUUUUGCAGUAAUUUUUUUAUUCUCCAUAUCAGACACUUCCCCCAAGAAUCAUAACUGAUUUUUUAAUUAUAAAUUUGAAGGGGCCCCAGCUAAUUAUUGUUUUCUUUUUGGUGCGCGUGUGCUAAUCUUCAAUUUAAAUGUGGUUAUGAAAGAAAGCUCUAAUACAAUCAAAGACAAGCUUUAACUUUACUUUGAAGGAGUUUUAGCCACAGCAAAAACCUAGACUCUCUUUCUUCCCCCCUCCACUUGUGAAGUGGGUAACACUUGCUAUAAAAUAUCCUGUAUAUAAAUUCAGGUAUAACAAGAUGUGAUCAUGACAUUGAAUAUUCUAGACUAGCAUUACCAUAUUUAAUGUUGCCAUGUUUACAGUAUGUGUAUUACUUUUUUUAUUAUUUCAGCUGAUGGACUUAGAUUUGACUAGGACUUAUCCUGUAAAUAAAAUGAGAAAUAGUUGGUUUCAUCCCUGGAGAACUCACUGUACAAUCAGUUUUGUUAGCCUGGGAGCUGGCAGUGUUCGGCUAAUAAGCCGAGUGACACGAUGGAAGAAGUGACCUCUGUAGAGAACACCGUAUUGCUGCACUCUCUGCUGGUGCUUUCACCAGAGUGGUGGCUGAGGGUUGCUCCAUCUUUUCUUCUUUUUUCUUUUUAUGAUGUUUUUUUUUUCCCUCCAGUAACAAAAAUGGAAUUAAAGCUGAAACCUGAAGUAUGUCUGUUAAACCACAACUUCAUCAAUUUCUGUACAGAAUGAACAUAGCUUAAUGUGGUCAAUGGAAGCUGCCAUCAGGAUAUUAUAUGCAGAUUGGGGGUUGGUGUAUCAAAGAGUGGUCGUGGAAAGGACUUAAUUUCCAUGCAGAGCUGUUUCUUAUUUAAACUGGGGUCACACAGCCAGUGUUACUAAUGCUUGAUGUUCUAUGAGUGCUGCAGGAUAGGAUUGCAAUUUGCAGUGGAAACCACUGACUGAGCAGGAUAACCAAGCAGUGCUCUGAAGAAGCAGUUAAUUGAUCUUCCUCAGGAUCUUUGGUUUGUGCUAUAUUGGGAAAUGAACUUUAGGCCUGACACACAGAAGAUCCCUUGGAAGGGCAACCUGUUUAGUGGGAUAAGUAAGUAAAUGUGCUCCUGAAAAUGAAAUGUGAUAUAGUGCUAUCAUUGCUCUUUCUAAUAACUAACUGGGGAGGGAGGGGAAAUUAAACUGCAGAUUUAAACAAAGGAACAAAAUUCUCAAUGUGGUUUCUGUACUCAGUAUUCUAAGGCUGAAUGUUAAAAGUGCCUUCUGUCUUAAAAUCUUAAACCAAAUACUUUGUGUUGAGCUUGGCAGGCAGAAGUGUCCUUGCUGUAAAAAUGACUGAACAAACAAAAUUCCCAGCAGAUUUGCUGGGGAUAGAAGAGUAUUAAGAGAUGUGGUUUAGUUUUUAGACUGAGAAGUGGUAGCAGUAUUGUUUCAGUUAACUUAAUGCAAUUAGAGGGUUGAUGAUGUGAUUCGGAAAAGGUAAAUCCUUGCGUUCCAGACUCUGUGACACCAAAAUGUGUACGGUUCAGCUACUCUGUAACUGGUGCUGUGCUGCUCUUUGCCCCUGUCACCUUCAAAAUGUGAAGAAUUCCAACUGCUUAGCCAUUUAUGGAAACAAUUAGUUGAAUUUUAGGAUUUUCUUCUUAAACACAAAUGUCAGAGACACAUUUAACAUUGUAUGGCAAAGUGGGUUAUAAACACUAAGUUGCUGAGGAUGCACUUGACUGUGAAACAUGCAGUGUUCCGUAGAGAAAAUAAGAGUUCUUGAGUUCACAAAUUAGUAUUUAAAUUACUACUGGAGUAAUUUUUCUGGCUUGUAUCAAGGAUGUAGGUGGAAACUGCUUUUCUGUAUAGAGUUCUGUGGUAUGAGUAACAUCUGUUGCAUGUAACACUAAAUUUCUUGUCUAAGAGUUUUAGACAACAAUUCAUUAAAUGCAUUUUGUAUUGACCAGAGUAUAGUUAAAGCUUGUCUUGAUGUUUAGUUCUGUCUCAAAUGCCUUGAACUUUGAUAUGAGGGGAGUGAAUGAUGUCAAACUGCUCCCUUGAGGCUUUACAUUGUUCUCUUACGAGCCUCGAGGCAAUAUCACUGUUUAAUGUGUUGUAUAGAUUUCUUUGGAUGCAUUCCUGGGAUCUACAGUGAGGCAUCUUCGCCAUCCAAGAGGUGAAUGCGUGCUGCCCGCGAUGGUUAGUCGCCGUGCUAAUACCUCAGAGCAAGCAGCAAUGGAGACAAAUAUAAUCAAAGAUUACUUGGUCCAGUUCCUCGGUGUAGUGCACACCAGAAAAGAAAAAAAAAAGCCCCAUCAGCUGAAAGUUUAGGUGUUGGCUGACUUCGCUGUGUCUUGUGCUUGUCGGUGUGGGCAUAGUCUGUCAAUUCUGUUUGUUUAGUAAAAUUGUUUAGGGCCAGAUUUCCAGCUGCGUCUGCAGUCCUCCUUUGUGUGCACGUGGGGAUCAAAUGGCAAUUGAGUUUGGUCUCUGGAAGAGUUUGCAGCUACACUCUGUGCACCAGCUUGCAAAUCUGAUCCUUAAUUGUGAACUCUCUUGUCUCGUAUGCUUUUCUUGCAGUUACUUUUUACUGGAAGUGAUUUGCUAGAACUGGCCCUAACUCUCCUACUUUCUCUCUUGUGUGUCAGAAAUGCAGUUGGCCUGGAAAAGGGCAAAAUAUUAGUAAUAGCAGUAGAAAUUUGGACUCUUUGCUUCCAUUUCUUUGACUCUUGUUGCUCCCAAUGAUAGAAGCAGCAUAUUUCUUCCAGUAAAAUUGCUGAGGUUACAGUGAGUAAUGUGAUGGUGAUGGAAAUUAGAUGAGUGCUUCGUGCGACUGCCCCCCUGCCUGCCCACAGCCCAAACAAAUGUGUUAUUGAUGUUAAUUCGGCCCUUACAAAUCUAAAGGACAGUAAACAAUACCUGACCUGGCAGAGGGACAGGAAGGCAUCACACUUACUCUGAUUGUGGUUUCAACAUCCGUGAGAGUGGAGAAUGAAAAAUUCCCACUAUACAAAUAGUGGUUCUCAAUCUGGGCUCUUCCUUCUCCUCAGCUCUCAGAAGUUCUGCAGGGAGGGGUGGAUUGAAAAGUCAAAAGAACCUCAACCCCAAACCUGCUUAGGAAUUUAACAUUCCUGGAAUCCUCUUACUGUAAGGUACUUGCUACUCUUAAGGCCAACGAAGCAUUCAAGUCUCGUUUAGGAAAUGAAUGUCCUUGGAAGUUUCUUACUGUGAAGUGUUUGCAGCUCAAAGGUCACUGAAACAUUCCCUACUGCGGCCGAUAGGUGAAGUGACAACAAAUCUCUUACUGGGAGAUUUCUGCAGACUGUAGCGUGUGUUUGUCUUCUGCUGUACAGAGUCUCUUGAUUGUUCUGAAGGACUGGUGAGGUGAUUCAGGCAGCACUCGAUGCCCCUAAUGGGCUAAGGUCAAAGAGAGUGAUCUGAUUGCUUCGGUUCUGCCAAUGUUGUUUAAAUGUGAUCUAGACAAAACUGGUCCAGAAAAGAUGAAAGUGUUGUUACCAUGAAACUGUAUUAAGCAUGGCCUAAAUAUUAGGUGUUUGUUCUGUAUAGUAUGUUCCAUCAACUAUUUAUUACCAGUGCUUUAAACUCCAAAUUAAACACCCAUUCAAGUGAAGUCACUGGGCAGAUGUUCCCUUGAUCAAUUAUAGGUUGGGAGAUUCUCUACGGGAGGUUUAGGAUACAAUUUUGCUAGCAGGUAAAACAAUGUAAAUAUGUAUGGAUUCUAUUUGUUGCACAUAACUUUUUUGGUAUAUAAAAAAGAAAAAGAAAAGAAAAUAAAUGUAGAAAUUACCUGUG